GGGGGAUCGUCUCUGCUCGGCCGGGGCAGAGCAGCAGCAGCCCGGCAGCUCACUGACCCGCAGGACGGCUCCUUCCAAGACGAGGUAGAGCCCAGACAGAGCAGCUCUGCGAAAGGUUAUGAGGGAACUGAGCUGAACAUGGAGCUUUUCUGGAUUUUGAUUUUCACCAGUGUCUAUCAUCCUCUCGUCCGGGCCCAAGGAGUUUACGCUCCAGCCAACGCCCAGAUCGUGCACUCUGGUGCAGCAUGUAACGUCAAGGACGACAACAUAAGUGAGAGAAUCUACACCAUCAAGGAAGGAGACACACUUGUGCUUCAGUGUAUUGUUAAAGGACACCCACGACCACAGGUGCGGUGGACAAAGACGGCGGGCAGUGCUUCAGAUAAGUUCCAGGAAACAUCAAUCUACAACGAGACGCUGCGUAUUGAGGGCAUCCAGAGAGUGCAGGGGGGUCGCUACUACUGCAAGGCCGACAACGGGGUGGGGGUGGCUGCCAUCAAGUCCAUCCGCGUAGAUGUGCAGUAUCUUGACACACCUGUCCUAACGGUGCACCAGACCAUCAGUGAUGUGCGUGGCAACUACUACCAGGAGAAGACGGUAUUCCUACGCUGCACCGUCAACUCCAACCCUCCAGCACGAUUCAUUUGGAAACGUGGGAAUGGCGUCAUCGAGCAGAGCAAGGACAACGGAGUGGACAUCUAUGAACCUCUUUACACCCAGGGUGAGACCAAGGUGUUGAAGCUGAAAAACCUCAGACCUAAGGACUUUGCUGAUUACACCUGCCAAGUGUCCGUCCGUAAUGUGUGUAACAUUGAAGAUAAUUCAGUCACCUUCCGGCUCACCAAUUCCACAACUCCCCCAAUGAUCCGGCUGUCGGUCAACGACACUGUGGUGGUGGAUCCCGGUCAGGAUGUGCUCCUGACCUGUGAGGUGACGUCCGGCUUCCCCCAGCCCACGGUGACGUGGUCGCGUUACCCCGACCCUCUGCCGCUCAGCGCCCAGGUUCGAGGGGCCACGCUGAUACUGCGCGCCGUCACACCAGCAGACGCAGGUUUCUACAACUGCACAGCUGUCAACAAUGUGGGCAAUCCAGCUCGCAAGAACGCCAAUCUUGUUGUCCGGACAAUGGGCAACCUGACUUUCCAAAUUACACCAGACUCUAACAAGGACAGUGAGACGAUCCAAAUAGGCCGUGAGCUCAAGCUCUCAUGCCACGUCGAUGCCACUCCACAGGAUAAAGUCAACUACACGUGGUACAAGAACGGCGCACCGGUCUACAACUCCGAUAACCUGAUAUUACUGCGCAGUGACCCAGACAUGGCCCCCGGCACCAGCAGCCUGGAAAUUGUGGACUUGAAGUUCAGAGACCUGGCCACCUACAGCUGCUUGGUGAAUUUCCUGGGCAGCAGGGUGCCGGAACUCCGUGUGGAUGUCAACAUCUCUCAGAACAGCGUCUCUCCUCCAGUGCUCUCAGUCCCUCCUGGAGGUCAGGUUGUGAAUGUGCGAGAGGGAGGCAACACUGAGCUGGUGUGCUUAGUGGUGGAUGGCAAACCCCGUCCUCCCAUUUUGUGGUCACGCAUGGAAAAAGACCUGCUGAUGCCUUCAGGGACACCCGUGGUGGAGACAGCUGAUGGCCGGUUGAGGUUAAAGAACGUCAGCCGGGACAUGAUGGGAGUGUAUCGGUGUCAAACAGCUCCUUACAAUGGCCUUAACAUCAAGCGCAGAGAGGCACAAGUCCAGCUGAAUGUGCAAUACCCUCCCAUUGUGGACCCGGUCUUUAAGGAUGUACGUUCGCAGAUCUAUCAGAUAGUAACUCUGAGGUGUACAGUCCUGAGGUCAAACCCUCCACGCCUAACAGACGUCCGCUGGUUGCGUAACGGCAACUCCCCCCUUACGUCAAUGCCGGACUUGAAGGCAACGCCAGAGCUGAAAUUCAAGCUGGACCCUACCAACAAUGGCACGUAUGAGUGCCGAAUCAGCAAUAGCGCUGGAACAUCAACAUGUAUAUUUAAUGUCUCUGCAAGACCCUACAGUGCCGAGUUUUACUUUGAUACACCCAACCCUGUGCGCAUUGUGAAAGGAAACAACUACUCGUACAACCUGCAGUGGACACAGAAAGAUCCAAACGCCACAGAUCGUAUCAUAGGCUACUGGCUAAAUGUCCGAAAGAACAAGAUGAGUGUUCUUGCAGAGCACAUAGAUGUGAGGAAUAAGGGGCCAGAGAAAGGUGUGUUGAUGUCCCACACAAUACCAGGGCUGAAAAUCCCUCUGUCCUACGAGGUGCGACUCGCUCCCAUCACCACAUACAGCAUCGGGGACUAUGUCAGCAGAACCAUUCAGUACACGGAACCUUACACUUACCCAAGAUCUUCAGACCAUGUGUGCGGCUUUGAGGAUGAGCGGAUCUGUGGUUUCUCUCAAGACCGGAGUGAUGUGUUUGACUGGACCAGACAGAACAACCUGACAAAUAAUCCCAAGCGAUCAGCCAACACCGGCCCGGAGACGGACCGCAGUGGAACAAAAGAGGGGUAUUACAUGUACAUCGAAGCCUCGCGACCUCGCGCUCAAGGGGACAAGGCUCGCCUUCUGUCUCCACUUUUUAAUGUGUCUUCAGUCAGAGGCCCCAAGGGCUCCGGCAGGGUCCCCUACUGUGUCUCCUUCUUCUAUCACAUGAAGGGCAAACACAUUGGGACACUGAAUGUACUCCUGAGAGUGAGAAGCAUUGCCCCCGUGGACACAGUGAUGUGGACAAAGUCGGGUCAUCAAGGCCCAAACUGGAGGAAAGCAUCCAUUGACAUCAGCCCCACUGGACCUUUCCAGAUUGUAUUUGAAGGAAUUCGAGGAGCAAAUUAUGAGGGUGAUAUCGCCAUUGAUGACGUGUCCAUCACCAUAGGAAAGUGCAAGCAGGAGAACACUGUAUCCAACGCAGGUAAGACAGUUCUGAUCGGAGGAUCACGCUCCCUCCCACUGGCCAGCUGGUUGACCUUCGGCCUCUCCUUCUUCCUCUUACUCCUCUACAGAUGAUGAGCACCUCCCACGGCACCAGAGCCUGUCUCCGUUGACAGACACUGCACUGACUCCAAGCUCUUUCACUUCUCUCUCUCUUGCCCCGCUCCCUGUGCUCUCCCGUGUACCCAUCUCCUCACUCGUCCAUCCCCUUCACUCAUUUUCUCGCUGUCUUGCAUCACUUUCACUCUUCUCUCAUAGAUAAACACAAGGUCUUUGUCUGGUUUCUUGUAAUCCACUUUCUUUGAAUGUUACAGCAUUAUCAGUGUAACCGGCUGAAGCUCAUACUGUAUUUAAAGUUAACAUUAAUGAUCAGAAAAACAUUUACUUCUUUGUCACUCUAUAACAAUCCCUUUAUUCAUGUCAGUGUCACUUUUUCCUAUUCUCCAUCAACAUCCGUCGUCCAUCUGUACCCCCCCCCCCUCAUGUAACUCCAGUCCCACGGACCACUACUCCCUACACAGCACCCUAUUCCCCAGACACACCAAAGUGUCGGACACUCUACCAAAGAUGACAAAGGACUUAAGGGAAUAAAGUGAGGGAACAGGGAUUCUAGGAAGAAAGUGAAUGCGAGAGAGAACGUGGUUGGAAAAAAAAACAAAUCCCCUUUUCACCAAGACUGCCACCUGUCUAUCCCAUCCUUUGAGACUUUGGGAGCUAUUGAAUGACAAGUGUGACGAAGGAACUGAUGAAUGAAUAAAUAAAUAAAUAAACAAUUGAAUGGUUUGGGAAAGGAUGCACCUGAAACAGAUACUGAGAGCUGGGUGCCCCUCGUAGCCUUUCUGCUUGCCACAACAGACGAGCUGAACCUCGGCGUGGAUUAUACGUGUUAUCUAUAUAAUUAUAUAAAUAUAUAUAUAUAUCUUUAUAUAUAUGAAAUAUAACAAAGUUAAAACUGAAACACAGUAGGACAAUGGAGGACUUUGCUAAAGCAAAAUUAAAGAAGCACAACAUUUAUACAACCUCUGCUGUUCCUUUGGGUUUUAUUCUACUAAUUAUGUGAUGUUGCAGUUUGUCAGACCUAUUUAAUGUUUUUAUUUUUUUAUUUUGGUUUGUUUGGUUGGUUUUGUUUAGAUUUUGUUAUAGUAUUUUAAGGGUCAAGGACAAUGAGUAAUAAAGUAUCAUAUUCAUAUUUAUAUGAGAAAGAGAGAAUGAUUUAUGAUCUAGAAUCUGAUUUGAGCACCUUGAGGGAAUAUGUGGAUGACCUCGGCCAUCUGGACAGAAACCUCAACUUUUCUUUACAUUUACUGUACUGAACCAACACACACACACACACACACACACACAUUCAGCUUCAAUUUCUGGCAUCACAACCAAUGCUUUAGUUCACCUGUGCCGCAGUAGCAUAGAUAGGAAUCUCAUAAAUGGACUGAAUUUUUGAACUUUUAUAUUUCUGCUUCUAUUUUUCUGAUAAUGAGUCAGAUCUGUAGAUUAGCCAUGAUCCACAACAAAGGUCUGGAGCUCUGGUGUAAACGAUGCUACAGUGUUGGAAGUUCCAGGACUUCUUUGGAAUGUCAUGUAUAGAUAUUUAAUGCAGCAAUGAUACAUCUUUGUUAUUGAUCAGUUAGCAUUUAAUGUUUGUAGUCUGAGAGGUUUUCAUAAAAAACAUUUCUGAAUACUCACCUCUAUCCAGGUAACCAUCCAUCU